AUGGCUCACCUCCCAGCUCUUUUCAAAUAUGUGGAUGACAACCAAGAUCUCUAUGUGAAGCGUCUUGCAGAUUGGGUUGCAGUGCAGAGCGUGUCAGCCUGGCCAGAGAAGAGGGGUGAGAUCAAGAAAAUGAUGGCAAUGGCUGCUAAGGACAUAGAGAGAUUGGGGGGAUCUGUGGAGCUGGUAGACAUCGGUAAACAAACGCUUCCCUCUGGAGAAGAAAUCCCCCUGCCCCCCAUUGUUCUGGGACAUUUGGGGUCCGACCCAGGCAAGAAGACGGUGUGCAUCUAUGGUCACCUCGAUGUCCAACCAGCUGCUCUGGAGGAUGGCUGGGACACGGAGCCUUUUACUCUGGUGGAGAAAGACGGUAAGAUGUAUGGAAGAGGAUCCACAGAUGACAAAGGCCCUGUUUUAGCCUGGUUUAACAUCAUUGAGGCUUACCAGAAGAUCAAACAGGAGCUUCCCAUCAACAUCAAAUUCUGCUUUGAGGGGAUGGAGGAGUCUGGCUCAGAGGGUUUGGAUGAGCUUGUGUUUUCUCGAAAAGACACUUUCCUCAAAGACGUGGACUAUGUGUGCAUCUCCGACAACUACUGGUUAGGCAAGACCAAGCCCUGCAUCACCUACGGCCUGAGGGGGAUCUGCUAUUUCUUCGUUGAGGUUGAGUGCUGUGAGAAGGACCUGCACUCUGGCGUGUUUGGAGGCUCCGUUCACGAAGCCAUGACAGACCUGAUCGCACUUAUGGGUGUCCUCGUUGAUCCAAAAGGCAAGAUAUUGGUUCCAGAGCUGGACAAGGAUGUUGCUCCAUUGACUAAAGAGGAGCAAGCUCUGUAUGAAAAAAUUGAGUUCGACCUGGACGAGUACUGCAAAGAUGUUGGAGUCUGUCACCUGCUUCACGACUCAAAAGAAAAAAUUCUGAUGCAUCGCUGGAGGUAUCCAUCCCUCUCUCUCCACGGAAUAGAAGGAGCUUUUUCUGAAACUGGUGCCAAGACUGUCAUCCCACGAAAGGUUAUUGGGAAAUUCUCCAUCCGCCUGGUCCCAGACAUGGACCCCAAAGUUGUUGAGAAGCAGGUGAUCGGUCACUUGGAGAAGCAGUUUGCAGAGCGAGGAAGUCCUAAUAAGCUGAAAGUUUACAUGGGCCAUGGAGCCAAAGCCUGGGUGUCUGACUUCAACCACCCACACUACAUGGCUGGGCGCAAAGCCAUGAAGACGGUAUUUGGAGUGGAGCCCGACUUGACUCGUGAAGGUGGAAGUAUCCCAGUCACACUGACGUUCCAGGAGGCGACCGGCCGCAAUGUGAUGCUGCUCCCAGUCGGGUCCUCAGACGACGGCGCACACUCUCAAAACGAAAAAUUGAACAGAACAAACUACAUCCAAGGGACCAAGAUGCUGGGGGCAUAUUUUCAUGAAGUUUCUUUAUUGGAAUAA